UACGCACUUGUCGCACUAGUCCCGCGAGAGAGGGAGAGCGCGCGCGCGCGCGCAAGGGGCUCCGUGGGCGGAUAGAUAGAUGGAUGGAUGACCCGCAGCCUGCUCCCCUCCCUCCCUGCCCCAGCUGUCAGCUCCCUUCCUGACUUCCCCACCCUGCCCCCGGUACCAUGGCGUCCAGCGAGGAGGACGGCACGGUGGAGGAGAAGGAAAACAACAACAAGAAGAGAACGAAAAGCGCCCUCGCGACCGCAUGGCUCACUUUCUACAACAUCGCCAUGACCGCCGGGUGGCUGGUCCUGGCCAUGGCAAUGAUGCGCUUCUACAUCCAGAAAGGCACGCACAAGGGUCUGUACAGGAGUAUAGCAAGGACGCUCAAGUUUUUCCAGACCUUUGCAUUAAUUGAGGUGGGACAUUGUGCUAUUGGAAUCGUGAGGACUUCUGUGAUUGUAACUGGGGUUCAAGUGUGUUCUCGGAUUUUCAUGGUUUGGUUCAUCACUAACAGCAUCAGACAGAUCCAGAAUGAAGAGAGCGUUAUCCUAUUCCUGGUUGUGUGGACGGUGACAGAGAUUACCAGAUAUUCCUACUACACGUUUAACCUGCUCCACCACCUGCCGUACUUCAUCAAAUGGGCCAGAUACAAUCUCUUCAUCGUCUUGUACCCGCUGGGAGUCGUGGGAGAGCUGCUCACCAUUUACGCUGCUCUGCCGUUUGUGCGCCGGUCUGGGAUGUACUCCGUGAGGCUUCCCAACAAGUAUAACGUGUCGUUCGACUACUACUACUGUCUCAUCAUCAUCAUGCUGUCCUACAUCCCACUGUUUCCUCAGCUCUACUUCCACAUGCUGAGGCAGAGGAGAAGAGUUCUUCACGGGGAGGUCAUCGUGGAAAAGGAUGACUAGACGAGCGUGACCCCCGUGCCUUCGUUUCCAUCACGUCGCCCCCCCCCCCCCCCGCCCCUCCACCUCCACCUCCGCCUCCGCCUCGUCUGCAGCAGCAACGCCGGCCGCCACAUUGUUCUUUGCACCGGGACCCGAACAGAGCCGCCCAACCGCCAAUAAGAACCAAACCCCCCCCCCUGCCCCCACGGAGUAAUGCUAACUGAUCCAGAGAAUUUCUUUGCAGGAUUAAUUCCCACCUGGACGGUAAUAUUGGAAACAUGUUUACAGUCCCUCGUGUUGCUGGAGUUUUUUCGAGACAGAACCCCGAGUCCUUUAUUCAGCCUUACAGAGUCCUGCUACACCUGCAAGCACUGAACCUCAAGACUGAACCCCGAAGGAAGGAAGAGGCAAACGUGAAGAGAGGAAAGAAGGUCGUAGGUCGUGUCUCCGCGCUGUGUGGCUGUAAGCAACAAGAGAAAAAAUAUUCAUAGCUCCAACAUACCUCAACAAUAAACCCACGUUUAGACAAUGUGCCGCUUCUUCUGCGUACGUUUGUUUUACCUUCCAUGUAAAAUGAAAUGAGCAGGAUUGAUUGAUCCGCCCACUGUGUCACUUUGAGCAAGCAGAAGUCAAACUUAACUUCUUUUAUGUUGUUUUGAUGUUUACAAUGUCAAACGAAGUUACAAGAGUGCAUCUUAAAGCAAAUUUGAAGUUUCACAGAAGCUCUUUGUCUGUAGUUCAAAUCCUUGUGAGCACUCGCAGUCUUCAGUCUGUUUGGUUUCUUUUUUUUUUUGUCUGUUUUGUGAGAACUCGGUGUCCGUCUUGGCAGAAAGGCAGUUGGACUCCCUGCUACUGAAAAAGGUGCUAUCAUCAGAUCAUUUCAAUCUUCUGUGCAGCUGAAGGAGUGACUGUGACUGGAGUUUGACCGAAAGCAGGAUGUGAAAUGACUUGAGGGGAAAUGUUAGCCAAUGAAUUGCAAAGCCCAAGAUUAGUGAAA